CUGAUGGAGUCUGAGAUGCUACAGUCACCCCUUCUGGGGCUUGGGGAAGAAGACGAGUCGGACAUGACUGACUGGAAUUUGCCCCUGGCCUUCAUGAAGAAGAGGCACUGUGAGAAAAUUGAGGGCUCCAAGUCACUGGCUCAGAGUUGGCGGAUGAAAGACCGGAUGAAGACAGUUAGUGUUGCCUUAGUAUUGUGCCUAAAUGUUGGUGUUGACCCCCCUGAUGUGGUGAAGACGACUCCUUGUGCUCGCCUUGAGUGCUGGAUAGAUCCUUUGUCAAUGGGGCCACAGAAAGCUCUGGAAACCAUUGGUGCAAAUUUGCAGAAGCAGUAUGAAAACUGGCAACCAAGGGCCCGGUACAAGCAGAGCCUCGAUCCUACAGUAGAUGAAGUUAAGAAACUGUGUACCUCAUUGCGUCGAAAUGCCAAGGAAGAAAGAGUUCUUUUUCAUUACAAUGGGCAUGGUGUCCCCAGGCCAACAGUGAAUGGAGAAAUAUGGGUCUUCAACAAGAACUACACACAGUACAUCCCAUUAUCAAUAUAUGACCUACAGACUUGGAUGGGCAGUCCUUCUAUUUUUGUCUAUGAUUGCUCCAAUGCCGGCCUUAUUGUCAAGUCCUUCAAGCAGUUUGCCCUUCAGAGGGAGCAGGAGCUGGAGGUGGCUGCAAUUAACCCAAAUCAUCCCCUUGCUCAGAUGCCCUUGCCCCCUUCGAUGAAAAACUGCAUUCAGCUGGCAGCCUGUGAAGCCAGUGAGUUGCUACCAAUGAUCCCUGACCUGCCUGCUGACCUGUUCACAUCCUGCCUUACUACACCAAUCAAGAUUGCACUGAGAUGGUUUUGCAUGCAGAAGAGUGUGAGACUGGUACCAGGAGUCACAUUGGAUUUAAUAGAGAAAAUUCCUGGAAGGCUAAAUGACAGGAGAACACCUCUGGGAGAACUGAAUUGGAUCUUUACAGCCAUCACAGACACAAUUGCGUGGAACGUCUUACCAAGAGAUCUUUUCCAGAAACUCUUCAGGCAGGACCUACUUGUGGCAAGCCUCUUUCGUAAUUUCUUAUUGGCAGAAAGGAUCAUGCGGUCUUACAACUGCACACCAGUUAGCAGCCCUCGUCUACCUCCGACUUACAUGCAUGCCAUGUGGCAAGCUUGGGACCUCGCUGUGGAUAUUUGUCUAUCUCAGUUGCCUACCAUUAUAGAGGAAGGAACUGCUUUCAGGCACAGCCCAUUCUUUGCCGAACAGUUAACGGCAUUCCAAGUGUGGCUGACGAUGGGAGUAGAAAAUCGCAACCCACCUGAACAGCUUCCCAUUGUAUUGCAGGUGCUCUUGAGCCAGGUGCAUCGACUACGAGCUCUUGAUUUGCUGGGCCGGUUUUUGGAUCUGGGUCCCUGGGCUGUUAGCUUGGCUUUGUCUGUUGGCAUUUUCCCCUAUGUAUUAAAGCUCCUCCAGAGUUCUGCUCGAGAACUGAGACCUCUUCUUGUGUUCAUCUGGGCCAAAAUCCUUGCAGUGGACAGUUCAUGCCAAGCCGACCUUGUGAAGGACAACGGUCACAAAUAUUUCCUUUCUGUUUUGGCAGAUCCCUACAUGCCGGCUGAACAUAGGACAAUGACAGCUUUCAUCUUGGCCGUGAUUGUGAACAACUACAAUACAGGACAGGAAGCCUGUCUUCAAGGGAACUUGAUUGCCAUUUGCCUGGAGCAGUUGAAUGAUCCACAUCCUCUUUUGCGCCAGUGGGUGGCGAUUUGCUUGGGACGUAUCUGGCAGAAUUUUGACUCUGCAAGGUGGUGUGGUGUGAGAGAUAGUGCCCAUGAAAAACUCUACAGUCUUCUGUCUGAUCCAAUCCCAGAGGUUCGCUGCGCUGCAGUCUUUGCCCUUGGCACCUUUGUCGGCAAUUCAGCUGAGCGGACUGACCAUUCUACCACCAUCGAUCACAAUGUUGCAAUGAUGCUGGCCCAGCUCAUCAACGAUGGAAGCCCCAUGGUCCGAAAGGAGCUGGUGGUGGCGUUAAGUCACCUCGUGGUCCAGUAUGAAAGCAAUUUCUGCACUGUUGCCUUGCAAUUUAUGGAAGAAGAAAAGAACUAUGCACCACCUUCUCCUGCUGCUCCAGAAGGUGGAAGUCUGACUCCAGUGCGGGACAGUCCAUGUACACCAAGACUUCGUUCUGUCAGCUCCUAUGGGAAUAUCCGAGCAGUCACCACAGCAAGGAACUUGAAUAAGUCUCUGCAGAACCUCAGUUUGAAUGAAGAAUCGGGGAGCUCCGUUGCCUUUUCUCCUGGGAACCUGAGCACCAGCAGCAGUGCCAGCAGCACUUUGGGCAGCCCUGAGAAUGAAGAGUAUAUCCUGUCUUUUGAGACCAUUGACAAAAUGAGAAGAGUCAGCUCCUACUCCUCACUGAAUUCACUAAUAGGAGUUUCUUUCAACAGUGUUUACACACAGAUUUGGAGAGUUCUCUUACACUUGGCUGCUGAUCCCUAUCCAGAUGUUUCAGACUUGGCCAUGAAAGUACUCAACAGCAUUGCUUACAAGAUUAUGCAAGUGAAAGUAAGACUGGAUUGCAGAUUGAAGCCACAACGGCUGCCCAGUGCAGGUGAUCUAGUACAUGCAACUAUCAAUGCCCGCCCGCAGCGCAUCCUUGACACCUCCUCCCUCACUCAGUCAGCCCCAGCCAGCCCUACCAACAAGGGUAUGCACAUACACCAAGUGGGAGGAUCACCACCAACCACCAGCACCAGUAGCUCCAGUUUGACAAAUGAUGUGACAAAGCAGCCUGUCAAUCGGGACAUCUCAUCUGUAAGACCUGCAAAUGUGGGCAGCAUGGGGGUGCAGUACACUCCCCACUCCCACCAGUUUCCCAGGACAAGGAAAAUGUUUGACAAAGGCCCGGAUCAGACAGCAGAUGAUGCCGACGACACUGUGGGACACAAGAACUUCAUGUCAGCCACAAUGCAGACAGGGUUUUGUGACUGGAGUGCCAAGUAUUUUGCCCAGCCAGUUAUGAAGAUUCCAGAAGAACAUGACUUGGAGAGCCAGGUCCGCAAAGAGAGGGAGUGGCGGUUUUUGCGCAAUGCUCGAGUACGAAAGCAAGCACAGAAAAUCAUCCAAAAAGGCAUUUCAAGACUUGAUGAUCAAAUCUUUCUGAACAGGAACCCUGGCAUGCCCUCAGUAGUCAAGUUUCACCCGUUCACCCCGUGUAUAGCAGUAGCUGACAAAGACAGCAUCUGUUUUUGGGACUGGGAAAAGGGGGAGAAACUGGAUUAUUUUCACAAUGGAAACCCACGGUAUACCAGGAUCACUGCCAUGGAAUAUUUGAAUGGACAAGACUGUUCUCUACUGUUGACUGCUACAGAUGACGGUGCUAUAAGGGUGUGGAAAAACUUUGCUGACCUGGAGAAGAAUCCCGAGAUGGUAACUGCCUGGCAGGGCUUAUCAGACAUGCUGCCAACAACACGCGGUCUGGCCCGAAGGGUUUCAAUCUAUCUUGACAGAAGUAAACAGGGAGGCGCAGGGAUGGUGGUGGACUGGGAACAAGAGACUGGGCUUCUCAUGACUUCUGGAGAUGUGCGGAUUAUCCGAAUCUGGGAUACAGACCGAGAAAUGAAAGUGCAGGAUAUCCCAACAGGAGCCGAUAGCUGCGUCACAAGCCUGUCCUGUGAUUCUCAUCGCUCCCUCAUUGUAGCAGGUCUAGGCGAUGGCUCUGUCCGUGUUUAUGACAGGCGGAUGGCUCUGAGUGAAUGCCGUGUGAUGACCUAUCGAGAGCACACAGCCUGGGUAGUGAAAGCAUAUUUGCAGAAACAUCCUGAAGGCAACAUCAUGAGUGUCAGCGUCAAUGGAGAUGUCCGUUUCUUCGACCCCAGAAUGCCAGAAUCAGUGAAGGUCCUUCAGAUUGUCAAAGGACUGACAGCUCUCGAUAUUCACCCACAAGCUAACCUGUUUGCAUGUGGCUCUAUGAAUCAAUUUACCGCAAUCUACAAUGGGAAUGGUGAACUGAUCAACAAUAUCAAAUACUACGAUGGAUUUAUGGGGCAGAGAGUGGGGGCCAUCAGCUGCUUAGCUUUUCAUCCACACUGGCCCCACCUGGCAGUUGGCAGCAAUGACUACUACAUCUCAGUGUACUCUGUGGAGAAGCGGAUCAGAUAACAGUGUGUGGCUGCUGUGUCAGAGCAGGACAUCCUCUGGCAGGCGGGACCAUGGUCUCACUCAUGAUGUACAUAGUGAAACUAUCGACUUGAAUGUUUAGUGUUGGCUGCUGCUGCUGUGCGACCCCUUUAACUUGAACACUUUUUUUCCUCCUGAUUUUAGCUACUGAUGAUUUUUUGAGUCUGAGGGGAGGGAGAGAAGCUAUCACUUGUCUUUCAUCACAGCCAGAAACUCCAGGAGCUACAGAAAAGGAGCAAUUUGUACUUUGAGUGGGAUCAACCUUCUUCCACACGGCUGCUUCUCUGGUUCUUUGAAAACAUGGCUCCUAUGAACUCAUUGAGAUGGUUUCUGCCUGGAAGACGGGUGGGUUUCCUUUAAGACAAGAAUGAAUUCAGAACGUACCUACCGUUCCACAUAGUUUACCUAGAACCUCUGUGGCUGCUACCUAUCUCGUGCCAAGUGCUAGCCCUGGCAUUUAUAUGCCAGUGGGCUUCCUGGUCUUGGAUAGUCUGUGUAUCUUUCUACUCUAUGUGCCACUAGCCACCUUUUCUAGCAUUCACAGUCCCACUGGAAAUAGACAAAGGGAAUUAGUGGGAAUCCUAAGGAAGAGAAAAUCUCGAUG